AUGCCUCCGCAAAUCAAACAGGAUAUUAACCGAUCAGGGUGGGAAACAACAGAUUUUCCUUCCGUCUGCGAACAAUGUCUCCCUGAGAAUCCGUACGUCCAGAUGCUCAAGGAAGAUCACGGCGCCGAAUGCAAGAUAUGUACCCGCCCGAUGACAGUGUUCCGGUGGAAGGCCGAUAGAACAGCCCGAACAAAAGCUACAAACAUCUGUUUAACCUGCGCACGCCUGAAAAACUGCUGUCAGUGCUGCAUGCUUGAUUUAUCGUUUGGACUACCGAUUGUCGUGCGUGACGCGGCGCUGAAGAUGGUCGCGCCUGGCCCGCAGAGCUCAAUCAACAGGGAGUAUUAUGCGCAGGAGCACGAAAAGGAGCUCGAAGAGGGCCGGGGUGCGGUGGAGGAAUAUGAAAAAACCGACGAGAAGGCCCGCGAAUUAUUAAGGAGAUUAGCAAGGAGCGAACCCUACUACAAGAGACAACGUCGAUUAGAGGCAAGCGGGGCUACAGAGGAAGCUAGCGCUGGGGGUGCGCCGGCUGGUCAAAGACAAAUAGGGUACGGGCCGGCCCCGGGGCCUAUUAGAACGAGUGACAUUCGUCAUGGAGGCUUUUCUGGUCGUGGAAGAGGAAACGCGACCCGCGGGCGCGGUGGUCGGUCGUUCCCAAGCGCCGCCCAACUACCACCGGGGCCACAAGAUAUUCUUCCUCCCGCCGAUCCAAACAUCACAUCCCUCUUCCUUACGGGUGUCGAAGACGACCUCCCUGAACAUGCUAUUCGAACAUUUUUCAGCCCCUUUGGUACGAUUCGCUCUCUGAUCUGCUCGCAUAGAUCGCAUUGCGCUUUCGUCAACUACGCUACCAGAGAAACCGCAGAAGCUGCAGCCGCUCACUGUCAGGGAAAAGCCGUGAUUCAGGGAUGUCCGUUACGAGUACAAUGGGGUAAACCGCGGCCGUUGGAUAACAUGGAACGAGACGAAAGGAUGCAAUACGCGCGGGAAGGCAGGCAAACUGCGGCUGCUAUCAAAGCUGCCGGUAGUGGAAGGAGGACUAUUGAGAAUGCAGCGGAAGGUGAUGAAGACCAGGGUAGUGUUGGAUUAACCCAGAAGCCCACUUAUGCUGUUGCUCCUCCUCCUGGAAAAGAGGAGGUGAAGUACGCUAGCAUGGCUGGUGAUUAA